AAAACCCAGAAUCUUCAGAGAGGACCAAUAAUCGAUUAUCACUUGUUGACAAUCGAUUAUCUGGGUUACCGUUGUCCUCCAACGGAUAGAAUUUUAAAUUUUUGGACAGGGAAUCUUUGGAUAAUCGAUUAUCAUGGUAGUACUCAUGGAGUUCAGAUUCGGCAUCGCGGGUUCCUUUGGCAACGGAAUGAGUUCUGAAGUCCCGAUAGAAACCUCUUCGGUUGCCAUGGUUGUGCGGUCCUCACCACUGCCCUUCGGGUCAAGUGUGGGGGGCGCCACCAUGACAUCAUUCUCAAUGCCGAGCUUGAUCUUCAGGGCGGCUCCUCGACCUAUUCCCGGGCUCGAACCCACGGGGAGUCACCCCGUCGAUAAUUCGAACCCGUUCCUCGGAUCGUCUAUGGCUUUGGCCACGACGGUCAACUUCGGACCAAACGCGGGUUUCAACGCACCGAUCAAUCCUUUUGUCAGACCUCAUUGGGCGUCCAAUGGGCCUUUCCUCCAUACGCCCAAUGCAGUUGGGCCGAUUUCAGUGCCCGCUAGUACGGUCCAAAGGCCACCGAAGUUCAAUGGCACGAACUUCAAGAUGUGGCAACAAAAGAUGACGUUCUUCUUUACCGUCUUGGGAUUUGCUGAGUACCUGCAGCAAGAUCCUCCCCAGGAGAAUGACCGGAACAAUCCCCUCGUGGCGAUGGUGAACCAAGCUUGGUACCACAAUAACUAUCUCACCAUAAACUACAUCCUCGAGGGGUUGGCCGAGACGCUGUACCCCGUGUAUGCCGGUGAAAAGCUUGCAAAAGAGCUUUAGAGUAGCUUGAACAAGAAGUAUCAAGCUGAAGAUGCCGGUACGAAGAAGUUCAUCGUCGGGAAGAUGUUGGACUACAAGAUGGUUGACAGCAAAUCUGUUGUCGCCCAGGCUAAGGAGCUUACGGUAAUCUUCAACAAAUGCAAUGAAGAGAAAGUAGGCGU